AGUGUGGUAGGUAACGGUCGUCAGCGCAAGGGUCAUUUCGUCGCUGGGAAGGGACGGCCCUCGCCCGCGGUGAUGGUGGUUAGCAAGAUGAACAAAGAUGCGCAGAUGAGAGCAGCGAUUAACCAAAAGUUGAUAGAAACCGGAGAAAGAGAACGCCUCAAAGAGUUGCUGAGAGCUAAAUUAAUUGAAUGUGGCUGGAAGGAUCAAUUGAAGGCACACUGUAAAGAGGUAAUUAAAGAAAAAGGACUAGAACACGUUACUGUUGAUGACUUGGUGGCUGAAAUCACACCAAAAGGCAGAGCCCUGGUACCUGACAGUGUAAAGAAGGAGCUUCUACAAAGAAUAAGAACAUUCCUUGCUCAGCAUGCCAGCCUUUAAGAUUGAAUUAGAUUGUGUUGUUUUGUGGUCUUAUUUCUGAAAGUAAAACUUGCCAUAAAUUAGGAAUCGCUUUCCCAAAAUAAAAUCCUUUUUUGUAUGAUGGUAUACAGUUUUCGGUAAUGAUGUAUACAUUGUAUUGAUUUUUUUCCCCUAAAUGUGUUAUUUUAAUAAAUAUCUCAUGAAUGAG